CCUCCUCGGAGCGCCUCGGCCCCGCCCGGCGUCUGUCCCCGCACCCGCAUCCUCCUGGCCGCGUCUUAGGGAGGUGGAGCUGGUGCCGUUUUCUGCCAGGCGCCACAGACCGCUCUGCAACCCCCCGCCGAGGACCUGCGAACGGAUCUAGAGACCAGAAACCCCUUGGCGGUGGCUCUUUCUGGUAGCACUUUGCCCGAAGUGGGGUUGCCGCGGAGUUUCUCCUGGCCUCUCCAUGCAGACACCAUGCGGAGAGCAGUGUGCUUCCCUGCUCUGUGCCUGCUCCUGCAUCUGCACGCCGCAGGGUGUUUUUCAGGACAUAAUGACCACCUUCUGGCGAUUAAUCAGAAGAGUGGGAAGCCAACAUUCGUUUAUCACCAUUCACGAGGCAUUAAGAAGAGCCUGGCCAUAGCUCCACAGAAGAUAUACAGACAUGGCCACCCUUCCUCCUCUGAGACUCAGGCAAGCACACGCCACCACAUUGUUAACUCAGCAUUUCCUAGACCUGAGUAUGAGCCAUCUCUCGAUCUGCUGGCCAUGGCUGGGCAAGACCUUGAGGUGGAAAACCUCCCGAUCCCAGCAACGAACGUAAUUGUGGUGACACUGCAAAUGGAUGUCAAUAAGCUAAACAUUACCUUGCUUCGGAUAUUCCGCCAAGGAGUGGCAGCAGCAUUAGGACUCCUGCCCCAGCAAGUCCACAUCAACCGCCUCAUUGGGAAGAAGAACAAUGUUGAACUAUUUGUGUCUCCCAUAAACCGAAAAACAGGAAUUUCAGAUGCUCUGCCCUCUGAAGAAGUCCUGCGUUCACUUAACAUCAAUGUUUUGCAUCAGAGUUUAUCCCAGUUUGGAAUCACAGAAGUCUCCCCCGAGAAAAAUGUUUUACAAGGGCAACAUGAAGCAGACAGAAUCUGGAGCAAAGAAGGAUUUUAUGCCGUUGUCAUUUUUCUCAGCAUCUUUGUUAUUAUAGUAACGUGUUUGAUGAUUCUUUACAGAUUAAAAGAAAGAUUUCAGCUUUCCCUGAGACAAGAUAAAGAGAAAAACCAGGAAAUCCACCUGUCGCCCAUCACAUUACAGCCAGCACAGUCUGAGGCAAAGACAGGCCACAGCAUGGUCCAGCCUGAGCAGGCCCCCAGGGUGCUGAACGUUGUCGUGGACCCCCAAGGCCGAUGCACCCCUGAGACCAAAGCUACCACCUCUACCUCGGUCUGCCCUUCUCCUUUCAAAAUGAAGCCUAUAGGACUGCAGGAGAGACGAGGGUCCAACGUAUCUCUCACCCUGGACAUGAGUAGCUUGGGGAACGUUGAACCCUUUGUGGCUGUUCCAACCCCUCGGGAGAAGGUGGCAAUGGAGUACCUGCAGUCUGCCAGCCGAAUUCUCACCAGGUCACAGCUGAGAGACGUCGUGGCAAGUUCACGUUUACUCCAAAGUGAAUUCAUGGAAAUACCCAUGAAUUUUGUGGAUCCCAAAGAAAUUGACAUUCCACGUCAUGGAACUAAAAAUCGCUAUAAGACCAUCUUGCCAAAUCCCCUCAGCAGAGUCUGUUUAAGACCAAAAAAUGUAACUGAUUCAUUGAGCACCUACAUUAAUGCUAAUUAUAUUAGGGGCUACAGUGGCAAGGAGAAAGAAUUCAUUGCCACACAGGGCCCUAUGAUCCACACCGUGAAUGAUUUCUGGCAGAUGGUUUGGCAGGAAGACAGCCCCGUGAUUGUUAUGAUCACAAAACUCAAAGAAAAAAAUGAGAAAUGUGUGUUGUAUUGGCCAGAAAAAAGAGGAAUAUAUGGGAAGGUUGAAGUUCUGGUUGUCAGUAUAAACGAAUGUGAUAACUACACCAUUCGAAACCUCGUCUUAAAGCAAGGAAGUCACACCCAGCAUGUGAAGCAUUACUGGUACACCUCAUGGCCCGAUCACAAGACUCCAGACAGCGCUCAGCCCCUCCUACAGCUCAUGCUGGAUGUAGAAGAAGACAGACUUACUUCUAAGGGCCGAGGGCCUGUGGUUGUCCACUGCAGUGCGGGGAUAGGAAGAACAGGCUGUUUUAUUGCUACAUCCAUUGGCUGCCAACAGUUGAAAGAAGAAGGCGUUGUCGACGUGCUAAGGAUCGUCUGCCAGCUCCGUGUGGACAGAGGGGGAAUGGUCCAAACCAGCGAGCAGUACGAGUUCGUGCAUCAUGCUCUGUGCCUGUACGAGAGCAGACUCGCAGCGGAAACGGUCCCAUGCUGACCAUCAAUCUCGGGGUGAUUAGUCACAGCACACACCCCAGGCUUCUGGAAGGAGUUUCCUGCAAUGGAAGAAAAGAGAAGCUCUGAAGCCAAGCUGUGCCAUGGGUUGUGGAAGACUGGGCAGCGUGGUUAAGCUUGCCUGCCCCUUGUGUAUGUGAAUGCCUUUCUGAGCAUCCCUAAGCUACUGAUAUUUUGAAGGUCCUAGGCUGACAGAUUUCUCAUGUAGCCUAGGGUGGAUUUCAUUUGUCUUUGCUGACUCUCUGCCACAUGGAAUGUAUGUAUGGAAUAUUCAGUGACGAAUGUCCUCAGAGGAUGACUGGAAGGGCUGCUGAAGACAUUCUGAUUGUUGUUUAGAUGCUUUAAUGUUUUCAAAAUAUGUCUCGUGAUGGACUGUCAGCUGUUUAACUGUUCCUGUUUUAAGUGCUAUUACCUUUCUCAGUUACCAGAAUCUUGCUGCUAAGUGAUUGAUAAUGGAUUUUUAACAAAUAAGUCUUUGUUUAAAAAAAAAAUCAAAAGCAGUGACUAUUUUAUAUGGAGAUGUGUCUUGAGAAUAUUACCUAUUAAGUAUGUAUUUAUAGCACUUCCUCUCCAUCAACUCCAGAGCACAAUUACUGUCAUUGGAUAGAUGUAUAUUUACUCUAUUAUUAGGCAUAAAGGUGACUUCUGCUCCAGAAUUCCAUCUACUAUAUUUCUACAUUGUGGGUUGUUUUACUUUAAAAAGGAAAAACAAAUUUGUAGUAACUCAAAGUAUCAAGAAUUUUAACUAAUGGUCUCUCUUUUACUAAGAAGGGAUUUCUGAAUAUGUUGUCUUCCUGGAAUCUCUCUCCCAGUAAAAGGCAGAUGCCUUCGGGAACACUGUAACCCAUCCCAUUUCCAGAAGUUCUUAUAAAGAUGCUGCUGUGUCUGUCCUUCCGUUUCUGAAAGGUUUGAAUCCUCCAGAGAUAAAGUAACUACCCUCAGAAAACAUGAGAUGUUCUGCUCAAAUAUGAAUUUUUAAUGCAGCAAAGCCAACGUCGUUUCAUACUGCCAAUAAACUGCUCUUAAUAUGAAAUACUGA